GGCACGGAAGAUGUUACGCCUUGUCAAAGUAACCCAUUAUAACACGCAAAACUCAUAAUUCAAACAUCGUUUAUUCACCUUCCAAUCCUUUGACAUAAUCAGGAAAUUGAUGCUACGCUGGUGGACCACGUGGCAGGUGUAGACGGAGGGGAUAGCAAAGCAGUACGCCAUGAUGGCACACUUGAUGUCAUUAGAAUAUAUCGUCAUAUCUCUUCCCGGUGACUGAUUCACGAUCCACCAAUCAAACGGACAGCAUUUUGAUUCAACAAACACCAAUCAACGGCCCAGAUGUUAUAUCGCCGGUGGAGAGAUCUCGCGCCAACCAGAUCCAGCACCAAAAGCAGGAAGCAACGGGAAAGGAAACUGGGGUCCCAAUCCAAUGGGUGCCAUCAUUGAGGGCCUGACGUCAUGAGACAACGUCAUCCCUCCCCCAGCAGCCGACGUCAUCACGGUGGCCUGUUGUUGUCCGCACCGUCGCUGUUGGGUAUUUCUGGCCCGACCCACCCGAAGCCGAAGAUCAACCUUGCAGCAGGAGACCCAGAAAUUGGAGAGAAGGAGCGUACGCCGUGAACUAACGGCACCGACUAAAAUGGAGACGGCGACGAGGAAACGGCCCGGAGACGGCGAAGAGGAGAAGAGGAGGACUCGGGCGCGAGCGGAGGACGAGAGGGAUCGGUCGGUGACCGACGACGAGGUGGAGGAGUUCUACGCCAUCCUUCGACGGGUGCGGGAGGCGGCGAGGUGCUUCCCCGUUAGGGAGGGUAGCGGCGGCGCUGGCAUCCGGCGGAGGGUAGCGGCGGAGGGGCAGUCGAGGUGGCGGCCAAGGUUCGAGAGAGAGGACUUCGAGGUUGGGAGCAACUUUAGGGAUGACCGGAGGAGGAGGGGAGCGGAGGAGCUGGCAACCGGUGGGGAGGCAACGGCCGAGGAAAGGGUCGCGGAGAACGCGAUCCCGGGGCGCCUCGAUCUGAACGCCGACCCGGCACCCGAAGGGCUGGAUCUCGCGAGCCCAACCGGUGAUGCUACCGCGCACGUCGCGUCUUAGAUCAUCUCGUUGACGUGUGGACUCGAUGCGGUGUGCGACAGGUGGUACUUUGACCGCCAUCGCGGAUGCGUAAAAAUCAGUUUUUUAUUUUUUCGCUUUUUCUUUUUCCACCUCUGUUUUAAAGAGUGUUCAUGGUAGAUGGAAGCGCUUGGAGUCUGCAGCAUGUUUGCAGAAAAAAAUUGGACCGUUGUUGAUAUCUUUUGUUUUUAACAUUUUUGCUGGUAAUUGGCUGUUGUUUUGAA